UGGUACCGGCAAACUGAAUGCUUUAAUGCAUGCUGAGCGUUUGAUCAGAGCGCAUCCGAUAAAAGAGAAGCGAUUUUUUGCUUUUAUAUCAAUCAAACUGGCAACAAUAAAGAGAUAAAAUUUAAGAGAUAGAUUAAAAGAAAAGAUUGUGAUACGAUUAAUUUCGACAAAAAGUUCAAGAGAGAAGAUGACUCGAUUCACGGAUCUACGUAUGAUUUUCUUCUUACUUCUAACCAUUCAAUUGGAGGAAUUUUCUCUUCGAAAGCAAGGAAUUUUGUUCAGUGAAGCCAGAAUGGAAGAGCAAUUUGAAAAAUGUUGCGGACUUGGUACUUCAUGGGCUUUGGAAGGGCUCAGGUGUGAAAAGUUCUCAGGUCCAGUGUCUGGAGUGCCGACAGUCGAACAAGGACUUUGCUUAGAGGCUGUGGACAUCUGUUGCGUGAGAGCGUAUCACGAACAACAAUGCAAGAAAGGGAAAUUGGACGCACAUGCUGGUUUAGCGUGUGUUUCCGGCAGUAAAAGUAAACGUUUGGGACCUGGUGAUUAUCAUCGUGACUGUUGCGAAGCGUGUAAAUUAGGAAUUUUAACUGGAUCUAUGGGACAAGGAUGUGCUUUUAAGAAAUUUACCUUUGGCAAUCCAUGGGAUCCUGCUUUUUUGGAAUGUUGUUACGAAGCAUCACCAAGUACAACAACAACUUUUACUACAAAUCUUACAAAUGCAACAUCCUCCAGUGAGACUACUAAUAGUGAAUCAACUUCAAUGUCAUCACUUUCUUCUUCUUCUUCUUCAUUGUCCACUCAAACUACAUUAGCUUCAUCAACAUCCUUUUCUCCAUCGAUACCUACACCUCCUUUAGAUGACAUCUGCCAACUUAUGAAAGGAUUAUUAUGUUCUGAUAUUUGUGUUCCUACACCAGGAUCUUAUUAUUGCAAAUGUCGCGAAGGUUUUACUUUAUUAGAAGAUGGGAAAACUUGUAGACAAGAUCUACCAACUGAUAGAUGUAAAUCUAGUAAUCCGUGUGAACAACGUUGUACGGAUAAUGGAGUUGCGGUUACAUGCAGUUGCAAUCCUGGUUAUAUAUUAGCGGAUGAUAAACAUUCUUGUUUACCUAAACCAUCGGAAGCUAAAGCUACUACUAUUCCGGAGGAUAAUAAUGAUUUUUCACUUCUUUGUCCAGCUGGUUAUCGUUACAAUGCUACUAAUCAAGUUUGCGAUGACGUGAACGAGUGUAUAGAAAGAAGAAUGUGUCCUGGUUAUUGUGAGAAUACCAUAGGAUCUUACAUAUGCACAUCAAAAAAUAGACUCAAAAUUGAUCCUUAUGAAGAUUGUCCACCUGGAUACCAAUGGGAGUCUACCACUGGCCUUUGCUCAGAUAUUGAUGAGUGUCUAAUAUUACCUAAACCAUGUCGUGGAAUCAAAAAUGUUUGCGUUAACACACAAGGUAGUUUUAGUUGUUUAGAAAUAAAAGGUAUAAAAUCAUGUCCUGCUGGAUUUAAGUUCAAUAACUUUUCACAGCAAUGCGAAGAUGUCGAUGAAUGCGCAGAAAAAAUUCAUAGUUGUCUAGAAGACACGGAGAAAUGUCGUAAUACCGAAGGUGCUUAUGAGUGUGAUAUAAAAUGUGACAAAGGGUUUAUGUAUAAUGUUAAUUUAGGCAUCUGUAUAGAUAUGGAUGAAUGCCUUGGGUCCAAUAAUCCUUGUCUUGAUCCGAAUACCACUUGUAAAAAUGUACUGGGUGGUUACGAAUGCUUAUCUUUAAAUCGUUCUAUUGUUCCAAUUGACGAACAAACGGAACCAUCAAUUUGUUCUGCGGGAUAUAAACCUAUGAAUGAUUCUAACGAUGCAUGUAUCGAUGUGGAUGAGUGUAAAGAACAACUGCAUUCGUGUGAAAUAAACGAACAAUGUGUAAAUGACAUAGGUAGUUAUAGAUGUGAACCAUUAAAUCAUGAAGUUACCAACUUAAAUGGAAAGGAUAAAGAUCAUCAUAGUUAUUUAUAUGAACAUAAUGGACAUAAAUCACAUAUACAACGAUAUGACGUUACUGGGCACAAAUCACAAAUUUCUGUUUCUCCAGCCCUUAAUCAAACGAUGAUUUGUAAUGAAGGAUUCAUUUUUGAUCAACAUACAUUAAAUUGCAUUGAUAUUGAUGAAUGUAGCAAUGGUUUAGCAAAUUGUAAAAUUGAUGAAAAAUGUGUAAAUUUCAAUGGUGGAUAUAGAUGUUCUUCCAUAUGCCCACCUGGUUUUCAAUAUAAUAAUACUUAUUACUCGAGCAGAAAUGAACCGUCUUGUCGAGAUAUAAACGAGUGCGCACUUGGAUUACAUUCUUGUAACGUAUCAACUCAUUAUUGUGUCAAUACGAACGGUUCGUAUUCCUGUAAAGAAUUUGCGACAACGAUAAGUUCACCAAGAAUUAGCAAACAAUUAAAUAGUAAAAAGGAUUAUAUAAUGCAGAAUACCAAUCAUUAUUUAUUCUUGGAGCCAUGUAAAAAAGGAUAUAGCAGAGAUACGAAGAGUGGAGAAUGCGUGGAUAUCGAUGAGUGUGCAUCGAUUAGAGCCUGUCAAGAGCAUGAAGUGUGUCAUAACGUGCCAGGUGAUUUUGAGUGUACACCACUUUGCACCACUGGCUGGUACUUUAAUACAGUAACAAAAGGUUGCCAAGAUGUCGACGAAUGUCUUUUAGGCAGACAUGAUUGUCCAGAAAGUACUCAUAAAUGCGUUAACACAAAUGGUUCUUUUUUCUGCGAAUUGAUACCGCCUUGCAGCAGCGGUUACAAACGAUCUUUCCUCAAUAAUAGUUGCGUGGAUAUCGAUGAGUGCGAGGAAAACUUGCAUUCUUGUCGAUUAGAAUUGCAUCAAUAUUGUGUUAAUAGAAAUGGCACUUUCGAAUGUUUAACCAGAUUACCUUCUUGUCCAGCCGGUUAUGAAUAUUCUUUAGCUACUAGAAGAUGCGAGGAUAUUGAUGAAUGUAUUACUGAUCAAUACACAUGUGAUCCUAGACUUUCUGAAAAAUGUAUCAAUCUACCUGGGACUUACAGAUGUGAAAGACCCACAUCGAUUAGACAACAUCAACGUCAAAAACCUGCUUGUCCUUCCGGUUAUAGAUAUCAUCCUCGACUAAAAAAGUGCACAGAUAUCGACGAAUGCGCGGAGGGUUUGGAUUCUUGUGAAGGUGAGAUCUGUUAUAAUCAGCCGGGUGGUUAUAGCUGUGCGAAACUUCCAAAACCAAGAACUAGGAAGCCACCCACGACAGCCUUACCACUACCAAAGAAUAAGAAGUGUAUCCCUGGAACGAAAUUGGUUAACAAUCGCUGCGUCGACAUCGAUGAAUGCCGUGAAAUAGAGGAUGCAUGCAGUAGUAACGAGGAGUGCAUCAACACUGUAGGAAGCUACACGUGCGAGUGCAAAGUUGGUUUUCAACGUGAGAAUUUGACUCAAGCCUGCGUGGAUAUUAACGAGUGCCAAACACAGACAGAUAGCUGUACGCAAGGACAGAGAUGCGACAAUACCAUAGGUAGCUACACUUGUACUCGUUAUCUAUCGUGUGGCACAGGAUACACUCUAAAUGCCGCCACCGAGAUUUGCGAAGACGAUGACGAGUGUCUCCUUGGAACACACGAUUGCGGAAAGGGUUAUCACUGCAGGAACACGCUUGGCUCUUAUCGAUGCGAUCGUAACCCACGUGUAUUGGUUUUAGACUCUCGAUUCGAUAUCGCGACAACCACAACCGCUAAAUUAACAUCAGUUGCGUCUACUACUUCGUUAACAUCACAGGAACAGAUUAACUGUCAACGUGGAUUUGAAGCUGUUCCUGGGGACAAGUGCGCGGAUAUAGACGAAUGUGAAAAAAAUCCUAAUAUUUGUGGCAGAACGAUGAGGUGUUUGAACACUCUUGGAUCUUAUAGAUGCGUGUCUAAAGUAUUGUGCAGUAGCGGAUAUACUUUGGAUCCAGUAUCAGGAAGAUAUUGUAUCGAUAUAGAUGAGUGUGCGAAUGGUACUCACGAAUGCACCGCCGAUCAAACUUGCAUGAAUAGAAUAGGUGGUUAUGUUUGCUCGUGUCCAUCUGGGCACGUCGUUGGACCGAAUAAAGAUUGCAUCGAUAUCGAUGAAUGUAGCCUUUAUGGAAACAUAUGCGGAUCAAACAGUCAAUGCGAGAAUACCGUUGGUUCUUUCAAAUGUAACUGCGCAAAUGGUUUUGAACAUGUUAGUAGUAGUUUCGCUGGUAAUACUUGUCAGGAUAUCGACGAGUGUGCACGAACACCUGGUUUGUGCCAACAUACGUGUUUCAACACAUGGGGGAGUUACAAAUGUAUCUGUAAAUCUGGAUUCAGAUUGAAUCCCGACAAUCGUUCUUGUACAGAUAUCGACGAAUGUACAGAGUUUAAAGAUAACAACUUAUGCGUAGGGAUUUGUGAAAAUACACCAGGCAGUUAUGCUUGCAAAUGUCCAGAUGGUUACAAGCUUGGGCAUAAUGGCCGUACUUGUGAAGAUAUCGAUGAAUGUCAAGCUGGACAUAUCUGCAGAGAAGCAGAUGAAAUUUGUCACAACGUCAGAGGUAGUUAUCGUUGCAAUAAAAUAAAAUGUCCCAACGGAUACCAUCGUGAUCAUGAAAGAAAAAACCGAUGCGUGAGAUCAUGGCCAUGUCGUAUCAACGAUCAUGCUUGCAUUAGACAACCAUCGCAUUACUCAUAUAAUUUCAUCACUCUUGUAAGCAUGUUACCUGUCAUGCCAACCAGACCGGAAGAACUAUUUAAAAUGAAAGGAUAUCACCUGCCAGGCUCUGCGAUACAAUUCAGUAUGGCGUUCUUGGAAGCACGUGCGCCACCUGGAAUACAACGCGCCACAGAAUCGUGUUUCGCAUUGAAAAAGCCUGAACCGACACAAGCUGUUUUAGUAUUGACACAAAGUAUUCAAGGCCCUCAAGAAAUCGAGCUCGAUUUAAACAUGGAGGUUUAUCAUAAUACACAUUUCGCCGGAAGCGCAAUAGCGAAAAUUUUGAUUUUUGUUCUCAAUACGAAUUUUAAUGGAUUCUUAUGAAAUACGAAUGGAGAAAUAUUUAAAGAAAUAUUUGAAUUGAUAUUUGUUCUUUGUAUUAAAUUCUU